AUGCUCACACUGCGGCUGACCAUCUCCGCUCCCCGAGCAGUGUCAUUAGCGACAGCCUCACCAUGCAUUUCCACCACACGAGCCUUCUGGACCCUCACAGCGAGACAUGAAGAAGCAGAGCCAUCGACCAUCAUCAGUAGCAGCAAGAAGCGUGAACGGUCCCGCGAUCCUCAGGCCGGCCUCGCGACACCCGCCCCAGACGAAGCCCGCGAUAAGAAGAGCGCCUCACCUUUCUACUUCUCCGCAGGCUACGCAGGAUGGGCGAAACGCCCCUCACGACCCUUCCCGCCUCCAUUCUUCUCUCCGCCCAGCGGCUCCUUCUCCGAUCCCCUGUCGACACACCACCGAUCGAUCGAUCGCCGACCGAAGGUAGACGGACAGAUGAUUCGUGGUGUUACCAACGGCGACGAUGCGAUCCUGGUCAGUGAUAGUCUCAUCUGCGCCAACGAUGGGGUGGGACAGUGGGCGCAGCGAGAAAGAGGACAUGCGCCGCUCUGGAGCAGGCUGAUAGCGCAUUUUUGGGCCUUGGCUGCUGAGCGAGAUCUGUACGGACAAGUACAUGAAGAGGGAGAAGGUGGAAAGGGCAAAGGCGAGCCAGAUAUGAUCAGAUACCUCGCAGAAGCCUAUGAGAGGGCCAAAGAGGCGCUGAGUGAGCCGAACGAGUGGCACGGGACGACAACCGCGAGCGCAGCACUUCUCCACUGGAUCGAUGGACCGGAAGGGCAACAUCCAAUGCUAUACGUAACACAGCUGGGCGACUGUAAGAUACUCGUCGUAAGACCGAAGAAAGACACCGAAGGAGAAGGCGAUGUCAUCUUCGCCAGCCAAGAGCAAUACCACUACUUUGACUGCCCUCGCCAACUUGGCACGAAUUCGCCUGACACACCCGAAGAAAACGGCGUUUUAGACCGCGUAGAGCUGUUUGAGGACGACCUGGUCCUAGCCAUGAGCGACGGUGUCACGGAUAAUCUGUGGCAAGAGGAGAUUGCGGACUAUGCCGUAGCAGGAUUGAAGAGCUACAAAGAGAAGCACAGCGAUGAUGAUGGAGCUGAGGCGAUGAAGUAUGUCGCGCAAGAAAUUGUGCUCAAUGCAAGGAAGAUUGCGGAAGAUCCAUUUGCGGCGAGUCCGUUCAUGGAAAAGGCCGUGGAGGAGGGACUGGCAAUUGAAGGUGGCAAGAUUGACGAUAUUAGUGUGGUCGUGGCCAUGUGUAAGAGGAGGGAUGGGCAGGGAUGA